AUGAUCCAGCAGGUGAAGAAGCUGGAUGUGGGGAAGAAGCUGGAUGCUAGCGUGGUUAAACAUGGUUGGUGGUUGAGUAAGCGUUGUGUGCUAGAGGAAGGUGACCGCCAGAGGCUCAUAAGCACAUUUGCCGCACGGGCCAUCACUGCCCACAAGCAGUCCAGUGCCAAUGGGAUCCUCCUCAACAAUAUGCCCAAGUCCGAGAGCAACAUCACAUUAUUCUCGGACGAGAACCCCCUAACCACCAAGAACCCCCUGUUUGACGAAGGCACGGGCACACUCAGCAGCCCAGAGACCCUGGGGAAGCACCAGAGGAGGAGGGACCUCCUGGGGGCCUACUCCCCUCCUCAGGCCCCUCGAGGCCUGAGACACUCCUUCCUGAGAUUCAACUCUGGUGGCUCGGGCCACUCCUGGACCCUACCUUCCAGACUCCACAGGAAGGAGAUGUAUGAUGCUCUGAGGAGACAGGUGGUGAUGGACCCGGUGCAAUGGGAGCUGGAGAUUCUGAAGACUGAGCUGAAGGACAGUAAGGACAUGCUGGAUGGCCUGGACUGGGGAAACUUGGGGCGCGGCACCUACAUGGAGCCCAAGCCCCUGUCGGUGAAGGAGCAGGCCAGGCAGUUUGAGCAGCAGGCCAUGAGGGAGAUGAAGCAGAGGCAGAGUCGGGACUCCAGGGGGUCUCUCUCUCCAGACUUCCUGAUGGGGUUGGGGUUCGACAGCCCCCAGCACCGGGCCAGAGAGGACCGACAGUCUCUGGGCUCCAUCCUGGAGGGCCCACCCUGCAUCAUUAUCACCCAGAGCGAUGGAACUCCACCCCCCACCCACAAGCCCACUCCACCUGUCCGGCGCAGGUUCAGCUCCAGCUUCUCCAGCUACAACUCAGCCUCCGCCGAACCCUACGAGGUCAACCUGGAGGUCAUCCCUGACCCCCCUGACGUGCCCCCUCCACCCCCACCCAACUCCCCUCUUCCCCCCUCCACGCCUCGUCCUCCCACCUCCCAUCCGUCCCCCCCACUUAACUACGGCAAAAACCCUGCCCCGCCCCCUCCUCCGCCUCUCCCUCCUCCUCUGUCCCCUUCCCUCAAUCGUCCAUCUACGUUUGUGCUCCCCCCCCUGCCCGCUGUGACCACCCUGAGACCCGUGUCCCUGCGCCCUCCCCCGCCGCCCCUCCCCACCGAUCCCCAGCGCCCCAGGAAGGAGUUGAAGGGGAUCCUGAAGAACAUACAGAACAUCGCCGACAUCGAGAAAUCUGUCGCUAAUAUGUACAGUCAAAUAGACAAAAAACAGAUGCUUCCACGGAGCGCCCUGAGGCCACGAGGGUCUGUGGAUUCCAUGGACUCUGUAAAUGGCAUACUAGACACUGCAGAGAUUGUAGCCCCCACCAUAACAGAGGUACAGGCAGAGGCUCUGGUUGCAGAGCAGCCACAUCAGGUGCAGGUCCAAUCAAACGUUAGCAUGAACUCUAUAGUGGAAGAGCUGGAGAAACGCUUCCCCUCUCAGUCCACUGCAAUGUGA